UUAUCGAAGGCCUCGCUCUGCUUGACUUGGGAGUUUCUCCAUACUCUGGAGAUGUUUUCCAUGAGACUCCACUCAUAAUUUACCUCUUCCACUUCAUGGUGGAUUAUGCAGAGAUCACGUUCAUGCUGGCAGACGUCAUCACGGCGGUGGCUCUCUACGCAGCAGCAAAGGAUUUCAACAAGCAAGUGUUCAGAAAACAAAAGUUUGCUUUGGAGGCGGAGCGCUACCCUCCGGACUGUCUGGAGCUCAUCAGGACCCCCCUGGAGAUGCACUACAUCCCCCUGAAAGUGGCCAUGUUUUACCUGUUGAACCCGUUCACCAUCUUGUCCUGCGUCGCCAAGUCGACCUGCGGCCUGAACAACUCUGUCAUUUCUCUCUUCAUCCUCUGCACGGUUAAAGGAAACGUCCUGCUGAGCGCCGUCUUCCUGUGUCUGGCCACAUACCAGUCCAUCUACCCGCUGACCCUGUGCGCUCCUGCGAUGCUUUACCUAAUGCAGCGUCAGUACAUCCCGGUCAACUUCCGGCGCUUGAGCUUCUGGUGGUUUGUGGUUCAAUACCUCUUCAUGUACCUGGGGAGCCUGUUCGUCCUUGUCUGCCUGUCCUUCUUCCUGCUCGGCUCCUGGGACUACAUGCCGUCCGUCUAUGGCUUCAUCCUCUCCGUUCCUGACCUGACUCCCAACAUCGGCCUCUUCUGGUAUUUCUUUGCAGAAAUGUUUGAACAUUUCCGCCUCUUCUUCCUCUGCGUCUUCCAGAUUAACGUCUUCUUCUACACCAUUCCUCUGUCCAUCAAACUCAAGGAGCAUCCUGUGUUCCUGAUCUUCAUGCAGUUGGCUGUGAUCUCCAUCUUUAAAUCCUACCCCACCGUGGGGGACAUCGCCCUCUACAUGGCCUUCCUCCCACUCUGGAGUCACCUGCACCGGUUCUUGAGGAACAUCUUCCUGGUGUCCUGUGUCCUGCUGGCCUGUUCGGCGCUGUUUCCGGUACUCUGGCACCUCUGGAUUUACGCCGGCAGCGCCAACUCUAACUUCUACUACGCCAUAACUCUGCUGUUCAAUGUGGCGCAAAUCCUGCUGGUGUCAGAUUAUUUCUACGCCUUUCUGAGGAGGGAGCACCACCUCACCUACGGGCUGUACCUGAAGAAGAAGGACGGCUCCGAAGCGACACUCGUUCUGAAGUAGAACCCUGAGCGUGUGUAGGAGGGACAAGCAGUGGCGCGCCCCUCUUUGCGCUCGCACAGGAAAAGGCGUCCAAAGCCACACUGCUCCUCCAAUUGAACAGAGCUGCUCAUGCAGAGAAAGCAGUGCAGCUCGAUUCGACAUAGCUGCUGCUGCACGACCUGAGAAAUGUGCCCCAUGGAAACUUGUGGGUCCCUCUGUAUAUUGGAGCGCUCUUAUUUUAAAGCAUCAUUCCACUGGAACUUAUACUGGCAAGCUAAGCUUUUAUUUUGGAGGCUUUAACAAUUCUGUAUGAGUUUUGUUUUGUAAACACUCCUCUGGAAUGAGCUUUUACUUUGAAAGUUUCCUCUUCUUUUGAUGUCAACAAGUUGGAAAAAUUCUGACUAAUUUUAUAACCACCAACUCUACACCAUAAAUGAUUUUAUUAACUGGAAGGCUUUUAUAAAAAUGUGAACUGAAGCUUUAUUUGCAGACUUAAAAAAAACUGGAGCAAAGAAAGAAAAAUCUAACUGUUUUUGUCCUUUAAGUUUUCAAUCAAUUUUUUUCUUUGUUUUGUGUUGAUGCUGCAUCUCCGCGCUACAGAGAGACGAUCUGUUUCAGAUGAUCAAUACUGAUCAGAGCAGAUGGAUGGAGAUGAUUUUUAUUCUGGAGUGACUGUUUUUUUUGUAGAUACAGAUUUAUGGGUUUGAUGGUCUUGCAGGUAAAAGCAGAAUAAAUGUUUUCCAAAUCCACCAAUUCUGGCUUUAAUCCAGAUUAUUCUUGGGAUUCUGUGCAGUAUUACAUCAGGAAAUUCAACACUAUGGACUUAAGUUCAAGUCUCUAAACAAACUUUAAAUCACAAUUAUAAGUGUUUUUUUUUUAAUCAAUUUUAUCGUCCCUGGAGCAGAAAGGAGUCAUUAGAGUGAAGGUCAUUCUCCAUGUUUGGGUCGUUUUCGCUUUAACUUCAGGUCCUACAUGGCUGAUCCUCUCAGUCUGCGCAGGUCAAACAGGUGAGAAGAGUUUAUACCACAAACUGAGUUUUAAAGGGAUUGAAGCCUUUCUUUAGUUUUGUGUUUUCCCUAAAGGACAUUUUUGAUACUAUGGUACUUUUCUUUGGUAUUUUGUCCAAUACUUUUUUUUUUUUUUUUUUGUUAAUAAAAACGUCAAACGUCGGUCAUUUUUGUGUUUUUUCAUUUAUAGAUUUUUUUUAAUUAACCAUUUAAUCAAAGGUAAUCUGGAGCACAAGGUGUGGAUUUUUAGACAUUCUAUCAACUUUAACACAAAACAUCCUUCACAUCCACGAAAUCCAACAUCAUCAGCCUUUGGAGCAGCUGAAACCUCCUUUUAUGGAGAUUUGAAGUUAGUUUGAAGAUCACAGGAAGAUAGUAAUCAUCUGGAUCUUCUGGUUCUGCUUUAAAUAACUCGCAGACCUUUGGAAUCACAUGGUCAGAACUUUUUUCCCAGUAUUUUGGGCCAUUAAGAGUCAAAUAAACUAGCGUGUUGUCUGUGCAUGCCUGGAUGAGCAGCUCUUCCAUGGCUGCCUUUCUAUUGGUGGCCUCUAGAUAGCAGCAUCAUUCUGCACAGAAAUCCAUUCAGGUGAAGAACCGCUCUCCAGCUGCAGGCAAAUCCUUUAUCCAUUGAACUUUUGCUUUUGGUUUGAGCUAUAGUUACAUUAAUAUUUGUGGUCAUUUUUUUGUGGAGAUUUUAAUAAUAAAAACCAGAAAUGA